UUGUAGAGACACCAGUGAUAUAUUUAUUUAGUUUAUUAUACAAUCACUGAUUCGUUUUCGGUCGUCUGAUGACGACACUGUACUGCUAUUGCGUGUAAUAUAUUAUACACCAGCCAACGUGCUUAUUUUAUAAUAACUAAGCUUCCUACGCACAACAAUAACCUAUCACGCUGACUAAGUUUCUUGCUGAAGACGCGACCUACACAAGGAAGUAACCAACAUCAGCGAAACAACUAAUAUGCUACAUUGACUGCAUCACAUUGAAACCGUCCAGCCAUAAAAACAAAGAGUUGUUAUUUCUAUUCGCUUUGUAAACAAUGAACUUGGAUUUACGCCAACGUUGACCUGUAGAAAUAUUGAGAAUAUUAUUGUUGUUGGGAAUAUUGUAUUCAGAUAAAAAAGCAAGCUAUUUGUGAAGGUGGAUACAAUUUAUACCGUAAAAUAUGGCAGAGCCUACGGAAAAGACGAUGCGAAUGAGGACUUAUGUGUUAAAAGAAAUAUUUAAAACGGAAAAAGAUUACUUGGACACUCUGAAAUUUUUAUCUUCCGUGUUUAUGGAAAGACUCCAAAGUCGCGAAGAAGAUGAAAAUGACAAAUUAAUCCCAGAAGGAUCGGUUGCAACAUUACUAUCAAAUGUCGUCGAACUAAAACAGUUUCACAACGAUCUAUACUUAUCAAUGGAAGCAGCAUUGCAACCGGAACCAUCGUAUGAACACUGCAUUGGAAAAUGUUUUGUGGAACACAAACAACGUUUCGAAGUCUAUGCACCAUAUUGCACUAAUCAUGAAAGAGCACAGAAGAAAUUGAAUGAAUUGACUGAAAAUGCGGAAUUUCAGGGAUUCAUAUUAGGCUGCCUCAUGUUGGGAAAUUAUGUUAACGACGUAUCUAUGGAAGGUUUUUUAUUGACGCCAAUUCAAAGAAUAUGCAAAUAUCCACUUCUUCUCAGGGAAUUAUCAAAGAAAACUCCACCUGAACAUCCGGACUAUCCUAGCGUAAUGGAAGCAUUAGAAAUUAUGAAAGCUGUUUGCAGUAACGUUAAUGAAACAAAACGACAAUUGGAGCAGUUAGAAAAAUUAGAAGAACUACAGAGCACAAUUGCCAAUUGGGAGGGAGCCAACCUGACUGACAACUGCACAACGCUUAUAAAACAAGGAGCCUUAUUGAAAAUAUCUGCUGGAAACAUUCAAGAGAGACAGUUCUUUUUAUUUGAUCAUCUUCUAGUUUAUUGCAAAAAAGCCAACACUUUACCAAGACUCCAAGCCGCAGAAAACAAAGACAAAACCGCAACUUUGCAAAAAAAGAAAUCGAAACGAAAAAAGAACGCACAAGAUCAAAAGAAAUGGCUGUUCAAAGGCCGGAUAUCAACAGAGUUGAUGGAAAUAGAAAGCGUAGAAGACGGCACAUCGGAUUUCCAUAGUUGUGGAUACACCGUAAAUAACGGAUGGAAAAUUCUGAACGCCGCUAAAAACAAAUGGUUCGUCCUUCUUGCCAAAGACAAAGAGGAAAAGGAAGCCUGGCUAAAUGAGUUUAUCAUGGAACGAGAAAAGCGACGAAGUAAAGUAAGCAUGGAUCAGAGAGACACCAUCGAUGUUUUGCACAGUAAAGGAAGAAGAUUGUAUUACAAAGCUACGAAUCAUAAUUUGAUAAAAGAUAGAAAAGAUUGGUUGAGAACACACCCGAAAGCACUUGUCGGAAGCGAUUUUGUGCAAUGGCUGGUUGAAAACAAGGAAUCAAAAAGUGUUGACGAAGCUAUCAUGCUUGGACAAGCAUUACUGGAUUGUGGAAUUUUACAUCAUGUUGCAGACAAACAUCAUUUCAAAAACGAGAACGUUCUAUACAGAUUUCGGUACGAUGACGGUACUUUUAAGGCAAGAGGAGAAAGCCAGGAUCUGAUUGCAAAAGGGUUGAGAAUAUAUGCUCGUGUUCACUGUCUGUUUCAACCUGUUGUAAGAGACAAAGACCGAAACCUCCGAAGUUACAAACAAGUGGUUGAAGCCCGUAAACUAAUAGACUGGAUCAUUGAACAAGGAGAUUGUAAAGGAAGAGAAGAAGUUUGUAAUCUAGGACAGAGUUUGUGCGAGAACAAUAUUUUGCAUCAUGCUCUGGACAAAACUGACUUCAAGGAUGAUUCAUCUUUGUUCAAAUUUUGGCCUGACGAAGAAUCAAGUGAAUCGUCAAACAAACUGAGAGAUUUAGUGAAAAAAGUUAACCAGAAAAUGGAUUUCAGAUGCAUCGAGAGUUACAAAACAAAAACUGUAUUAUUGUUAAACACGGAUCCUGAUGAACCUUUAGGAUUUGAGGCAUUGUAUGUCGAUCAUCACAACGCGGUUAUAAUAACAGCUAUCAUUCGAGCAUCACAAGCACAAGUUCAAGGACUUCUCCCAGGCCAAGCUAUUCUCUGUAUUAAUUAUUCACCAUUGUUCAAGUGUAAAUCACAAGAAGAUUACGAAGCCAUAUUGAAACAAAACUUAGAAAAUCACAAACUUCUGUACGUUACUGUGAAGGCCGAAGACGACAUAUCUGUAUCCAUUCCAGUUACAAGAGAAGGAAUGGGAUUUCAAAUCAGAAGCGCAAAUCCAUGCGUUGUGCACGCUGUUACUAAAGGAGGAAUGGCCAUGAACGCUGGUCUAGUCAGAGGCCAAUCAAUAUUAAAGGUGAACAACGUGAACGUCAUUGCUUCAUCUCACGACGAAGUCGCCGCUGCAAUAAGAGAUGGUUGUAAAGUUAUCGCAGAGGAAGAAGAAAAUAGAAAGAACAAAGAAGAAAAAGAAAAUAAUGCUGAAAUUGAAGAACAGCAGCAGCAACAAGUAGACGGGUCGACAGGAAAAUUGACACUUGGAAUCCCAGGAAGUGGAUUAAAACGAUCUAAGAGCGACCGCAGGAAACAAAUCGCUAUGAAAAUAGGAAUCAGAACACCAAAUCUGAAGGACAAUAAAAUCGAGCCUACACCGCUUGGUCCGGAUAAGAAAGACGAUCCCUACGCUUUGAAGCUUGUCGUUGGUAAUCGUCAUCUUGAACGAAUGACAACUUACGAAUACGACAAUGUAAACGGAGUAAGAACAUCAGUGACUGAGAAGAUGUCAGAGAGCCCGUCAAUAUUUGAUCUUGCAGCAAUGCUUCUGGAAGUCUUGACAGCAGAAGACGAGCGAGUCCUUGCAGAUGUUCAAGCCUUGGAAAGUGCAGUAAAUCUUAUUAGAGAACAACAAAGAGAAAUAUUUGAGAGAAGAAGAACUCUACGGUAUGACGUGAUUCAUGAGCGACUAGAGAAUUACAAAAGGUACAAACGUCACCUCGGAUCAUACAUGUGGCCUUCUUAUAAAGAAAGCAAAGAUCGACCCGGUACUGGAUCCGCAAAAGAUUUCUGCCCAACUAAUUGUCACAUUAAUAUUAUGCAGGUUUCGCACACAACUGAGAAAUUCAAUUUACGUGGAUUGGGCCUGCAGAACGCCAAAUCUGAAGCAGAAAACACCGAAAUAACAAAAAAUGUCGAAAUGGUGAACACUAAUGACGUUAUUACUUGUAUGGCGGCACCAUCGCACCGCUCCAGAGGAAGAGAAGGUCACGGCCUCAUGGCGGUUCUACGUGGUGUAGAAGGAAAUAUGGAACUCAUGGAUCAAAUAAGACAGUUGAUGGUGGCACUGGAUCAAGCUAUGCUCGAAGUUAGACACUGUCAAGAUCAACUUUUAGAAAUUUUGAAUUCCGAACCUCGCACUGAUGGGAAAAGAAAUUCAUUUCAACCGACUCCUUUAUAUGCAAACAUAGGAUCUGUAAGCAGUGAUAUGACUCCAACCACGCCCGUGUCUCCUUCCACAUUCUUCGCCAGUGAUAAGGCUUCUAGCCCGCCCCGAGAAAGGAUGAGCGGGGUAUUCGACACACAAUCAAAUAGAAGUUCGAGGGCCAGUGAUUUUGAUCCAAGUUCUAAUAGAACGUCGGUCUUAUCGCCCACCAUUGAAGUUAAUACGCCUGAUAUGACGACUCCUACAGCAGAAGAACAUUUGACAAACGGAAACAACAUUGGAAACAAAAGAAAGUCGAUUUUAGACGAUGGUUCACAAGCCGGAAACGAUUCUGAAUGUGACUCAGGUAUCCACAGUAACCGAGGUUCAAUGUUGGUAAAUGAUAAACAACUUAUAUUCAAUUUCACAACCCCAUCUGCCAAUGAAUCACCGAGUAACACAGCGGAGCAAAACGGGUCAAAUAGCGGAAGUAGCACAACCUCUGAACCCAAUCAAAGAAUGUCUCUCGCACUUCCAGAAGAUAGUCUGGCUAACGGAGAUGGAUCUAAGGGAAUCAAAGAAUCGUCCUCGAUGCCUUCUUUAUCGAGUCCACCAACACCCGGCGGCAACGCGACUUCUCCAGUACGAUUUAGAUCUAAACCCCGUCCACACUCGAGGGUGACAUUUUCAGGACGUGACCGUAUCUCCGUAAUCAGCAAAACUGAAAGCACUUGUUCAUCUGAAGGGGUUGAAAGCAUUAAUUUUAUCGAUCUCGUUCUAUCAAACGACGCAUUGGAUAAAUUGCAAGGAACAAUGGAACAUUUCUUGGGAAAGAUUCGAAACAUAAACGAACUUGUGAGAAACGACGUUGUCCAGAAGGUUUUCGGAGAAACUCAAGAUAUAACUCCCGAAGUCAAAUAUCAAGAAAUAAUUGAUAAUCUAGCUGCCGAAACAAGUGAUGACAUCGUCAAAAUGUCUCUAGCUGUUUGCGAAGAUACUGUCCAGUUCGCAGGUGUUAUUCACACACUUAUAGAUGCAAUGAACAAACAUAUAUCACAGAUACGAACACAACUGGUGUUGACCGUAUUGCUGAAUGAAGAUCCUAAACUCGUUUCAAGGCGAGAUAAAGUCUUUUCUCAAGCACUGAUCAGCGUCAUUACGUCGUUUUCUUCUCAGUUGAGAUGCGCAUUAGACAAUGUAUUCAAUAAUAUGAAGGCUUACGGAGUACGAGGGGACGAGGCAAGCAAGAAAUGGUUGGAACAAGCAACGUCUAUCGGAGUGCUGGUUCUAUUCCAGACACACCUAAAUUUGAACAUGCCGGAUGAAUGCGCUAUGCUGGAAGACAGUUAUGUUGGAAUAUAUGAUCUGGAAAGAGUUUCCUUCCACUUCAGAGCUAUCACAGGAGAAGUUGAACCUAAUGACUAUCCAUCAAAUGCAAGAACAAGUUUUAUGUCAAACGAUCCUGUACAAGUUGAUGUCAACGGUAUCGGAUAUACCAUGGAAGGCAACCGAAGUGCGCUGAAAGUAAAUUUCCAUCUCGAUAAACAUAUUUUCAUCAAACUUCCACCGAGAUUACAAGCUGGAGGAGGGGUGAAGAUUGUGCCUGUUAUGUUUAACCAUGGUCUCGAAGACGUUGGAUCUUUCUUAUAUAAGCAAGGUGUUACGUUACACGAGUUUUUGAAUUCUCUAAACGAAAAAGCUCUGGAGAAAACAUAUGAUUAUUACAAGAAAUUCCGAGCAUUCCAUCUCGACAGAUCCAAACUUCCUCGUGAUACUGAAGCCAGAGCUGUAAUGAUAGAUCGGCUUUCACGCCCGUUGAAUGCACUAGAUGAAGUGAUGCAAUUGAUCGAAGCUCACGUAAAGCCUCGAGCCAACAGCCCUAAUCUCAGUAACACCGGUUGUGGAGUAUUGAGCCUUUCUGCAGAAUUUUGUCACCGAUUGGGUGGUUGCCACAUUAUGUCAUGUAAUAAUGGAGUAUACAGAUCAACAACUGCAUGUUCUUUGCAACAAGCAAUGAUUUUAGCCCGAUGCCAUGGCUUGCCGCCUAGAUAUCUUUCUACCGCGAACCAUUUGUUUACUCAUGCUGGAGCACGAUCGAUAAAUCCCAGGAAAAAUCCACAUACUAGAGACACAACUGUAAAAUCUGCCCCGAGACUUUACAGAACAGCGGAAAAUCCUGAAGACAUCUUGAUAACUCGUGAUAAAAAAGGUUCCAAGUUAGGCGAUGAGUAGCCUGAUUUAGGAAGAUACU